UUGAUAUCGACGGUGUUCCACCUCUAGUGUGCGACGGUACACCCACCACUGAAGAAAAAAAAAAGAUUUCCGACAAAUUUUUAAUAAGCAGCAAAAUGUCACGACAAGCCACCAGAUUAGACGCAAAGAAAGUGUAAGUGUGUAUGGAGGGCGUGAGAGUGAGAGGGACACGAAACACAACAAAAAUAGCGCAGCCUGCGCGCUAUGGAUAACCAUUUUAGCAGUAACAACCGCACAACAACAACUGCAGCAAGAAUGAGCAACACUAACAACAACAACAACAACAACAGCGGCAACAACAACAACACGGCCAACACUGCAAAUGUAAACAACACAACGGCAACAGUUGGUGUUGGCGUUGGAAAUGCUGGACAACCAAUACAAGUGAUACCAAUGCCAAUGCUGCAAGCGGGCGCGGCACAGAUCAUAAUUGGCCAACAGGCGCAGCAGGCGGCACAAGGGGGCGGGGCAGCGGGGGGCGGUCUGCAACCGCAGUUGAUACCGCUGCAAGCGAACCAAAUCAUGUUGCAGGCACAACAGCAGCCACAGAUGCAGGUGAUGCAGCUGCCGGAUGGACAGACCAUAUUCUAUCAGACGCCCAGCAUUACCUCACUGGAUCCCAGUACAAUGGGCGCAACAACAACGCCGCAUUACGUCAAUAUCAAUGGACAAUUGGUGCAGAUAACGACAGCACCAAGUCAUCAAGCCAACCAGGCGACAACAGCAACUGGACAACAGAUCAUAAUGGUGCCACAAAUGGCAGCGGUAAAUGCGGCAGCUGUGGCCGCCAAUGCGGCCAACAACAGCAACCAGAGCGUCAACGUCAGCGUCAACAAUGUGCAACAGCAGCAACAGAUGCAGGUUCAGAUGCAGACAACAACAGUUGGAGCAACAGCUGCCACCACUGCGGGAGGCGGUAGCAACUCCAGUGCCGAUGUCAGCACCAGCACCACAGGCACGAAUACAAACAGCGAGGACGAGAACUCCAAGGGGGAGGCGGACGAGGAGCCGCUCUAUGUGAAUGCCAAGCAGUACAAGCGCAUCUUGAUACGGCGUCAGGCACGCGCCAAACUGGAAUCCCGCAUACCCAAGGAGCGUUGUAAAUACCUGCACGAAUCUCGUCAUCGGCAUGCCAUGAAUCGAGCACGCGGCGAAGGCGGUCGCUUUCAUUCCGCCCAAGAGAAGGGCGAUCCAUCCGGACUCGAUGGCAUCAGUCUGCCACUGGCGGCCAGCGGUGGUGCCACACUCAGUCGGGGCACAGCACGUGCACCGCCCAAACUGAUAGCACCACACCAAACGCCGAGCAUUACCAUAACCGCCAUCAAAUCGGAAUAAUCGGAAUAAGCUGCAGUUCCCCAAAAAUGUUGUAGAUAGCAAGCGGAUCUUAGACCAUAUAUAUAUCAUAUAUCAUAGUUAACAGAGCUGGAAAUAGUUGCUUAGAAUUUGUUUUGAUAAGAAUUAUAAUUUUAAAUACUUAAGGCAGAUAAAAGUUCAGAUAUAACAAAAUAUUGGAGUUAAAAAUUCCAGUUACAAAUUAUAGAGGCAGCAAAAAUCAAAAAAAAAAAUGGCAGGAAAUUAUUUAAUUUAAAAUUCUAACAGUUGGGAAAUUUCAAAAUAAAUAUUUUGUGCCAGUAACAGUUUACUGAAAGCUUGAUUUAUCAAGAGAAAAUAACUUAAAAAUUAAAAAAUUACAGAUUUUCAAAAAUAUUUAUCAAACUGUAACAAAUGUUAAUUUUUUGCAAGAUAAAAAAAUCAGAUAUAACAAAAUAGUGGAGUUAAGAAUUCCAAAUUUAAAUAUAGUGACAGGAAAAAUCCCAA